UCGUAUCGUAUUUUCUUGCUUGCUAACCACACGAUGCAAAAUGAGGCUGAGAAUACUGACGGUAACAUUAUCCAAAAACACCUUUCCGACAACGCCUCAGUACAGCGGAGAAUAACCUAUGGGAAUAACGUUAACGUUAGCAGAUGGGCACAACGCAAAAUGAGCAAAACAAAUAAAGAGAAUACACUGUCCCGUCUACCCGUGAUGACUGGAAAAAGAGCACAUCCGGGUAGCGCUGAUCAAGACCCGCAACCUGCGCAGAAGAAAAUGCGGAAAUUUGACCAGGAUGCUCUGAGGGGUAAACAGGCUGUUUCUAUGGUUGGAACCAAGAGACCAGUCCCAGCACCAGUUACCCGGCCUGCUGCAAAACGUCCCACUGCUGCAGCCACGGUAGCUGGCGUCGCCCCAACAGGUGUACACAAACGUCCAGUUGCCUCUACAGCCAAAGUGAGCACCGGUGGUGCAGCCAAGAGACCAGCAUGGGAUUUGAAGGGGAAAAUCGGUGAUAUGGAAGCCAGAGUGAAUAACUAUCAGGGUCGUUUGAAGGGCGUCAGUCAAGAAAAUGAAACCCUAAAGGAUGUUGUUGCACAGGCCCAGGAAGAAGCCUCCAGGCAGCAGAAGGAAAUUGCCGAUCUCAAACAGAAGCUUAAUAUGUGUCAGGAGAAAUUGGAAGUUCUGUCUGGGGUAAAAGAACAGCUGGAGCUAGUUUCCCAACAGAGAGACACCCUGGAGACCAAGCUUAAGGCUGUAGAGAUGCUCAAUUCCAACCUCAACUCUGAGCUCCUUACAGUUCAGAGCCAUCUGUCCAUGAAGUCCUCAGCACUGGAGCAGACCCAGGACACCUUGCACAAGACCCAGGAUACCCUAAAUGAGACUCAAGAAAAGGUUCGGGAGCUGGAGGAGAAGGUAGCUAGGCAGAAGGAGGAGCUGCACUGUGGAGAGAUGGAGCGCCGCAAACUCCACAACACCAUUCAGGAACUCAAAGGAAACAUCAGGGUGUUCUGCCGAGUGAGGCCGCUGCUCACUGAUGUCCAGGCAGACAUCCCACACAUCCAGCUGCCCGCUCACGACGACAAGGCCGUUGUCCUUGCUAAAUCAGAAGAGUCUCACACAGGCCGCACUGGGGACACGCAUAAGAAUUAUAACUUCAGCUUCGACCACGUCUUCGGGCCACGGGCCUCCCAGCAGAGGGUUUUUGAGGAAAUCUCUCUGCUAGUGCAGUCGGCCCUGGAUGGCUACAACGUCUGCUGCUUCGCGUAUGGGCAGACGGGGAGCGGCAAGACCUUCACCAUGGAGGGCGGCGAGAGGGACGAGGAGCGUGGGGUCAUCCCUCGAGCUGUCCGGCAAAUAUUCAAGGCGGCCAGAGCGCUUGAGCAUCAGGGCUGGGAGUAUUCCUUCACCGCCAGCUUUGUCGAGAUUUACAACGAAACUUUAAGGGACCUGCUCUACACCGGCAAGCCUAGCAAAAGGCCUGAGCAUGAGAUCAAGAAGAACGCCAAUGGAGGAAUCACAGUCACCAACCUGACCUACCAGAGGGUUGUGAGUGAGGACCAGGUCCACAACCUGAUUGAGGUGGCAAAUCACAAUAGGUCAACUGCCAGGACUGCUGCCAAUGACCAGUCUUCCAGAUCUCACUCUGUCUUCCAGCUGGACAUUGAAGGUGUCAACUCAGACAGAGGCACCAAGUGCAAAUCGUCCUUGUGUCUGGUGGACCUGGCUGGUAGUGAACGGGUACAGAAGAGUCAGUCCCAGGGUGAGCGCUUCAAAGAAAUGACUGCAAUCAAUUCCUCCCUCACCAACCUUGGCAUUGUCAUCUCUGCCCUGGCCAGCAAGGAAAGUCACAUCCCGUACCGAAACUGCAAGCUGACUUAUUUGCUUCAAAACUGUUUGGGAGGCAACAGCAAAACUUUGAUGUUUGUAAAUAUUGCUCCAGAACUGGACAGCUUUAAUGAAUCCCUAAAUUCACUUCGUUUCGCCAGCAAAGUCAAUGACUGUGUUAUUGGAACAGCCUCUGCCAAUAAGAAGUGAACUUGUGGAUACUUUUAUUCUUUUUCUUUUUAAUGUUUAAAUCCUGAACUAGUGGGAAGAGCUUUAUAUACAUACUCCCGCCAGUUUUUUUACAUGCUAUUAAAGACUGUACAAUAACUCUGAAUUUUGCAUUUGAUAGAUGCACAAUUCACUCAAUUUUGAAAAUUAAGUAGGGUGGCUAUUUGACUGUGUGAAUCAUAACUACAAAAUAUAUUUGAUUCAUAAAUGACUAUUUAAUCUGUAUAGGCUGGCUACCUUGAUCAUUCUGUUCAGAUUUGCUGAUAAGCAGUCAUCAAAUGUGAAAUGGAAACAUAAAUAAACAGCUGAGUAAACCUUC